AUGGGAAAAGUGGCAAGUUUUUUUGCACCUGCGGAACUUCAUCAAAGUUUAUCGGGCGCCCUCUAUGUUCUGAGUUGGAUAUUCGGCAACAUGGCGGCCAUCAUGUUUACGUGGAUUGCUACAUUCUUGACGCUUGUCACGCUACUCCCCUUUAUCGUGCACGCAGGCACUGAUGGUGCGGUAGGAAAUGGAUUCGGUGAUGAUAUAGAGUGGUGGUCAUUGCCAGAUGGUUUAUCACAAUCUAAAACCUUAGGCAAACCACUGAUGCUGAUUAUACACAAGUCAUGGUGCGGUGCAUGCAAAGCUCUGAAGCCCAAGUUUGCAGCCUCAGAUGCAAUUAAGGAGCUCAGCAAGGACUUUGUCAUGGUCAACUUGUUGGAUGAUGAAGAGCCUAAUGAGAGUAAAUACGUCCCAGAUGGUGGCUACAUUCCUAGGAUUCUCUUUCUGAACCAGGCUGGGGAGGUUCAGACUGAUCUCAUCAACAAAGGAGGAAAUCCCAAGUACAAGUACUAUUACCCCGAUGCAAAUGGAGUUUUAGACUCCAUGCGAUCAGCCCUGAAGAAACUUGGUGGCAAGGGCGCCGAUGAACUUUAACCUUUGACACAUCAAGGACAUCUUUGACCUGCCUGUUGUGGGUAUUUGUACCAUUUUAUUGCAAAUAUUAUACAAAGGAAGAUGUACGUUUCAGAGCAGUGUCUUUCAUAGCUGGUGUGGUGCAAAAAAAAAAUUCGCAAAUUGUAAAUUAGUUACUUUGCGUUUCUUAAUAUCGUAAGUGCCUUGCUAUAUGUGUGUUGAUUGGGUUGAUAAAAUCAUGAUGAAUGGAGAAACUUAAAUCUUUAUUCUUGUUUCAUUUCAGGAAAAAAAGAUGUGAAUAUAUUUUCAUAUUUUGCCAUAUUUGCUGGCAGGGGUAGUAAAAAUGUAUGUCCUUUUCUUUUUAUCAAGUUAUUGUCCAGUGAAAACUUUGUUUUCAGAAGUACAGAAAAAAAAUCAUGUUGAAUUUUGGUUUGUAUAUAUCAUAAAGUGAAAUGUGUGUUUUCUUACAAUUUUGGCAAGCAGUAUUUCCCGCGAAAACUGACUGUGUUUGUACAUCAUGGGUGAUGGGGAAAAUAGACUUGUGCAAGUCCUUCAAGGGGCCUUGGUCCAAGCUUCUAGAAAUAUUUAAACACAUUGGUUGGAUCUGGUUUUGUUUAUUUAGCAACAACCCUCAUUUCAGAUAAAUAAUAUAUUGAGAAAAUAUAGUUAAAUUAAUGAGGUUAGUACAUAAAUAAGUGUAGCAUAGACCUGCAAAUUAAGAAACACCAAGAUGUGUUUCCAUAUUGCAAAUAUGCUAUCAAAAAUCCCAACACCAUAACAAUUUAGGGCCUAAAUUUGUUUUCUUUAUUAUAAGUCGCAAAUAAAUACUGUCAACAUUUGGGGUUUUUCCAAGAAAAUAAAUUACAUAAUUUUCAAGCGAA